CGUGACCUCACAGCUGAUUUCCUGCGCUUUUAUCCCUUUGCUUCUGAGCGGUGGCUUCGGCUCCGCGGCCGGAGUGGGUGGUUUUGUUUUUUUUUCUCUCUCUUCCCCCCCCCCCAGUCUUUUCCCAUUACGAAGUUUCCUGGCCGGAGAAUGCAAGGAUCGCCCCCCUCCAGCCUGCCCCCCCACCCCAGUAGCCGGCCGAGGAUUGAUUGAUCAGCCUUAGCAUUGGGGGCCCCCCCAUCCCACCUUCCCCCCCCCACACACGCACCGGGCUCCCCUCCCCGCCCUUCCCCACCACGCGCGGACAAAGGCGCAGGAGCGGCCGGGGCAAGCGGGCAGGCAGGGGACCCUCCAUGGCGCAGGCGGCCCCGCUCAACCUGCUGGAGCCCGGCUUCCCCAUCCAGGUGGAGCACGAUCGCAAGCGGAGGCAGUUCACCGUCCGUCUGAACGGCUGCCAUGAUAAAGCGGUCCUGUUGUAUGAAUACGUGGGAAAGAGGGUUAUAGAUCUCCAGCACACUGAGGUCCCAGAUACCUACAGGGGCAGAGGAAUCGCAAAACACCUGGCCAAGGCUGCCUUGGAUUUUGUGGUGGAGGAAGAUUUGAAAGCUCACCUGACAUGUUGGUAUAUCCAGAAAUACGUCAAGGAGAAUCCGCUGCCCCAGUAUCUGGAACGUUUACAGUCUUAACCCCGGAGAGCAGGGGAAUCUGGUUUGAAGAUGGCAGCCAGGUCUGCUAGGGACUUGCCUUGGCCUCCAAGCUGUCACGGGGGACUCCUCGCCUGCCUCUGUCCGUGCUCAGAGGUCCUGCGUUUGAAAAAAGACCAGAUGGUGUGAUUUCUCCACCAUGCUUCCAAGCCGCUCUCCGAACGGUUCGGCCGACUUGAGGAUUUUACGGUGUGCAUUGAUAAUUUGCCUGGAAACCCUCAGGGGGCAAAAUUCAACCUCCUGCCAGUUGGGUGGGUGAACUUGUGGCAGGAGAAGGCAUGGGGUGGGGGUCAGGUUUGCAAUGAGGGUUGAGCUAAAGGAAGUCAGCUUGGCCGCCGUUCUCCUGAAGCAGCAUGGAGAAGACAGACGCCGAGCUGUCUGGAUCUCCAAGGGCAUCUUUGAACACUUGGCUAGAUUCAUUGUGUGACCAGGUGCAGGCUAAACCUGGAGCUGAAAACAAGAGGUUAAAUGAAAGCUGGGCUCCUGCUGUGAGCCCUCCCCACCCUGGGGCACCUGCCAAAGCAUGGACUGCAGUGAAGGAAGGACUUUUACUGGGGCUCCUGCUCAACUGAGCUCGCCACGGUGUUGGUUUUUUUUUGGGGUGACAGUGUGUGAAGGAGAGGCUUAGAUGGAUUCUACGGACAUUUUGAAGAAUGGACUGGCGUGGCUAUUUAUCACUUUUUGGUGGAACCUCCCUCCCAUCUCAAUCUCCCCUCCGCUGGUGGGGGGAUGUUUCCUGUUAUAUGGAAGAAGACAAAGAGCGAGAGGCUGAGGAAGGGAAGAGCGUUGGGUAUCUUCUGGACAAAUGAUGGGCAUCUCCAACUAAAAGAGAGUCCUUUUCUACUUGAGCCAUAUUUUUUUUUAACAGAUCCACAAUGCAGACAGCGUAAAGGAGGUGGAAACGUACAAUCUUAAUGGCCAGGGAUUUCACAGGAGAUGCUGCUAGAAGGUCUUCAUUAAGUUGAAUCGGCUAAAAGUGGUUCAAGAAAAGAGACUGGAGCGAAAUGGGUCUACUCUUGGGGGGGGGGAAAUGUUAGCUUUCUAGCUGUGAUCGAGCUCUCCACUUCUUCAGCCCUUCACCUCUGGCGAGGAUGGCUGGGGAUACUGGGAAGAAUGGGUCAGAAAAAUAGAGAGGGGCUCCUGAUAGGAUUGUGCCCAACCUUGGCAAACUUUUAAGACCGAUGGAAUUCUGGGAGUCGAAGUCCACAAGUCUUCAGGGUGUCCAACUGCCCAGAAUUCCACAGAUCUUAAAAGUUGCCAAGACUGGACACCCCUGUUUAAACAGAACAUAUCCAUGGGUGAGACUAUUGUCCAAGUUACCUCUUUAGAUUGCAAUUACUUGCAAGCUAACGCAAUAAGGUUUUGCAGGGAGCUGUAAUUGCCUUCUGUUUCCUGUUCUCUUCCUACCCUCCCCUUCCUGUCCUGAAUGGGGGUUAUUUAGUCCUAUUGUCCCUAGUCAAGCACCCUCCAGAUGUCUAGCACUACAGUUUCCAUCACCCUGGGCCAGUACAGAGGGUGCUCAUACUAAGGAACUUCUUUUAAUAGGAGGGCGGCACCUGGAAGGAUUUGGCUGUGUUAAUCUUGCCGCAGACCUGGAAUUUGGAUUCCUUUGAGAGGUCCAAGUGUCCCUAUCCUUUUUUCCUGCUCCGUUCAGCUUUUUAGAUCUGUCUUUCAGCAGAAAUAAAUGGAGAAAAUGAGAUAAGGUAAUCAUUACCUAAAGGACGAUUUUUUGGGGCAGCCAAUGGUAUUGUGUGGUUUGACUUAUUGAUGGUUCUAAAGCAAGGUUUCUCAGACUUGGCAACUUUAAGAUGGGUGGACUUCAACUCCCAGAAUUCCACUGGUCUUAAAUUUGCCAAGUUUGAGAAACUGUCCUGAAAAGAUGCCAGUGAGAGUCCAACUGAUGUUUUGGGAGGGUAUCGGCACUCUUAGGCAUUCACACGCCUUAUCUGAUGGACAUCUGCCCUCCCAGCAAGCGUCUAUGUUAAAACUGCUUGUUGUACAAUUAGAAAACUUGAGCUUCUCGUCCUUACUGCUCAGUCACUGCCACGGCACCCCAUUGUCUUCAGUUGUGUCUCCGAAGAUGUCCCCCUUAUCUAGAAAAUACUAUUGGACACUAAGGAGAAGGAGGAGAAGAAGAGAGAUGACUUAUCCUAAACAUGAUGGGAAUACUUUUCUCAGCCGAAGAGGUGGCUUGCAAAGAUCAGAGUUAGUCCUUCCAGGUUUACAAUAAGUACAGUAUUUCAGAAACGCUCCAGUUUCCUUCUGUGGUGCCCCAGCAAAACUUUGUUGAACCUACUGAGUUAUUGUUAGUAACACUGAUGCUUUUCUUUUUUGAAAAAACAACAACCUCUUACCUUUCUGCAAUUUUUAAUUUUUGCAUUGCAGAGAGACAAGUGUCUCCAGGGUGAGCAGCGGGAGGGCAGAGGUAAUCAGAUCCUUGUCCUUGAAGGAGUCACAAAGCCCAAGGUGGUGGAUUGGAGGCCCCAUUUUUCCUCUCUUGAAGUAUCUCGGUUGUAAGUGUCUGGGUGCAGCUGUCCAGCUAUGGUUGAGCUGGCUAGAGAUUCUUGGAAGUCCAAACUUUUCUUGAAGAGGCCAAAUUGGGGGGAACGAAACUUUAGCAGAUAUUUGAGAACGAAAAAUAUUCCUGGGAUCUGCUGGAGGAAGAACAGAGCAUGGAUAAAGCACCUCUUUAUUGUUAGAUUGAGGAUCGGAAGUCCAUUAGGUGGGCACACAGCGCUUCAAGAACUAUAAGAUGGGCACAACUUUAUGAACCACCUAGAGCAUCAAAAGCCACCAGCUUAGAAGAUUCGGAGGGGGGGGCUGACUCUGUGUUUUCCACCAACGUGGGAUUAUUUUUACCCUUAUUCUAUGUGCCUUUUUAACUCAGGACUUCUUACAAUGACAUUUCCGGUUGGUGUGUACAUGUGUGUUUUUAACAUUUUCCUUCUCGGGUUGUGUUAUGAAUAAAAAUCUGAUCCUGUUGCAUGAAA